UUAUGAUUCAUUCAUUCAUCAGUUACUUCUGCUUUUCUAACAGCUUUGAAACUCCACAACACAACAAUGCAUUUUAUAACUGAAUUUGUUCUCCUGGGUUUUCCUGGGGAAAGGAAGAACUUCUUCUUCUCAUUAAUCCUGAUGAUCUAUCUCCUGACCCUGCUAGGGAAUGGGGCUAUUGUCUGUGCAGUGAAAUGGGACAGGAAGCUUCACACCCCCAUGUACAUCCUCUUGGGAAACUUUGCCUUCCUGGAGAUCUGGUAUGUCUCUUCCACUGUCCCAAACAUGCUGGUCAACAUCCUUUCAGAGACGAAGACCAUCUCCUUCACUGGCUGCUUUCUCCAAUUCUAUUUCUUUUUUUCACUGGGCACAACAGAGUGCUUCUUCUUAUCAAUUAUGGCUUAUGACAGGUACCUCGCCAUCUGUCGCCCUCUACAUUACCCUUCCAUCAUGACUACAAAGUUCUGUGUGAUUUUGAUCUGUGUUUGCUGGUUGAGUGGAUUUCUCUGCUAUCCAGUGCCCAUAGUUCUUAUCUCCCAACUUCCCUUCUGUGGACCCAACAUCAUUGACCAUAUUGUGUGUGACCCAGGCCCGUUGUUCGCUCUGGCCUGCAUCCGAGCUCCAUCCACUGAGCUUAUGUGUUAUACCUUCAACUCAAUGAUUAUAUUUGGGCCCUUCCUCUCCAUCUUGGGGUCUUACACGCUGGUACUCAGAGCUGUGUUUCGUAUUCCCUCUGGUGCUGGUCGAACUAAAGCUUUCUCCACAUGUGGGUCCCACCUAGUGGUAGUAUCUCUGUUCUAUGGAACGCUUAUGGUGAUGUAUGUGAGUCCAUCCUCAGGGAACCCAGCAGGAAUGCAGAAGAUUGUCACUUUGAUAUACUCAGCAGUAACUCCACUCUUAAAUCCCCUCAUCUAUAGUCUUCGAAAUAAAGACAUGAAAGAUGCCCUAAAGAAAGUUCUGGGAUUAAGAAUUAACAAAAACUAA